AGCAAAGAGGUAGUGAGAGGAGAGACUCUACACAAAGAAAGUGAUUGACAGACAAAGAAACUGAGAGUUUGUGUGUUGCUUUGGAUGACAUAGAAAACCCAUAUGACUUAGCGUACAAAUCAAAGUGGCCUUAGGAUUGCUGACACUGUUGGUGUUCCUCUUCUUCAAAUUCUUAUUUUCCAAGUUCUGAAAGCAAAGUAUGAGAUAGCAUCUCGCUUUCUGGAGCUCUCAUCUCAGUUUUGAUUCAUCAGUUCCAGGCGCUUCACACUCCCACUCGCUUCUGUUAAGACUGCAAAAAUUAAUAUUCACGGAGAGCCCCCCGAAAAAUCCAAAAUCCUGUUGGCUCUGUCGCUGAUGCGCAUCUCCUCUCUGUCGCAGCUCUUCGUCUCCGUCAGUCCUUCCUCCGCCGAUGAUCCGCGACGGACGCCAAGAAAGGGGGAUACAACGACCAGGCAACCGAGGGAGAGCUGUGAUCUCGCAGGAGGACAUGGUGGCCGCGGCCUCCGCCGCCGUCGUAUCCCGUACUACCACCACAUCUGUUCACAAAAACACUCCCGUCGUUACUCGGCUGAUCGAUCCUCCGGCAAUUUCGUCACGGCGACCCCUAACCCCCUCCGAGAGGGACAAUGCUGGUUUAUCUCGGCGGCCGCGCACCAAGGAGAUCGCCUCCAGGUAUUUGUCCUCAUACUCUUCAUCUUCGUCAACUACCUCCACUUCGUACUCUUCCAACACCACCAUCUCCUCGUCAUCGUCCUCUUUUUGUUCCCGGCGAUUUCCUUCACCUCUCCCCAACAAUCGGCCGUCGACGCCAUCGACAUUUUCGCAAGGCGUGGCCUCUAAGAGGUCUCAGUCCGUGGAUCGGACCCGCCCCUCUACUCCCCGUCCAGAUCCCCGUGGCGCCUUGGCAGCAGAGGGAUCGGAAGCUGAGAGGGCCCUCUGUACAACCACCCGGAGCCUUUCCGUCUCCUUCCAGGGCCAAUCCUUCUUCUAUCAGACCAGCAAGGCCAAGGCGGGCUCCACGACCCCGUCCCGGAAGCCAACACCGGAUCGCCGGCGGCCCACUACUGCGGCAGGAAGCUCCACCGCUGCCAGCACGGAUCAGUCCGAGAACUUGAAGGCCCUGGAUCACCACCAUCGCUGGCCGGCGGCCAGGAGCAGGCAGUCGAGUAUGCUGACCAAGAGCCUGGAUUGCUCAGCUGAAAGGAAUGACCUUAUAUCCACUGUCCAGUUAUUGCGGCAGUCAAUGUUAUUGGACGGUGGCUCGGGCAGGGCUUUAUUUGACAGCGCGGAGCUCUCGGCUUCAUCAGACACCGAUAGUGUUUCUUCCGGAAGUAAUUCGGGGACUCCCGAGCUGAAUGUACCUCGGCAUGCUCGGGUCACCUCCCGCGGGAUUAGCGUGUCUGCUAGAUUUUGGCAAGAGACAAAUAGCAGGAUUCGUAGGCAGCCGGAGCCUGGGACUCCGGUAUCUUCAGUUGGCUCAAGGAACCCAACCUCGCCAAAAAUAGCCGCUAUGGGGAGAUCAAUUGGCGACAAUGCUUUGUCACGAUCCGUCUCUUCUCCACUAAGAGGACUUGCGAGGCCUUCUAGUCCCAGUAAGCUUGCAGGUUCACCAUCAAGAGGAAUCGCUAGUCCUGCAAGGACAAGAGACAGUAGUACAUUGGUGAGGUCCUUGUCUGUGGGCCUUACAACUAAUGCACCGUCGAUUAUAAGUUUUGCUGCUGAGGUGCGGAGGACGAAGAAAGGAGAGAAUCGGAUUGAAGAGGCUCAUAUGUUGAGACUGUUGCACAACCAGCACUUACAGUGGAGGUGUGUGAAUGCGAGAGCCUAUGCUGCUCUGAUGAUUCAAAGAGUGGCUGCAGAGAAAAAUCUUUAUAAUGCAUGGUUAACCAUCUCAGAGAUGCGCGACUUGGUUACUGUUAAAGCAAUCAAGCUACACUUCCUGACAAUUUGUCUAAAAUUAACUACCAUUCUUAAGGGUCAGAUGGUCUAUUUGGAGGAAACAUUUCUUCUGGACCGAGAGUAUCCAAGUUCAUUAUCUGGUGCAAUUGAAUCAUUAAAGGCUAGCACUCUCCGCCUUCCCGUUGUCAGUGGAGCAAGGGCAGAUUUACAAGAUGUGAAUGAUGCCGUUGUGUCAGCAGUGGAUGUGAUGCAGGCGAUGGAAGCUUCAAUGUUCUCCUUAAUGUCAAAGGUUGAAGGCACGAACUCCUUGGUUUCAGAACUUGCUAAAGUUGCUGCAAAAGAACAAGCUUUGUUAGAUCAAUCCAGGAAUCUCUUAUCGACGGUAGCAGCAUUACAUGUGAAGUACUGUAGUCUGCGAGGCCAUCUCCUUCAAUUAAAACGCAGAAACAGACAGAUAUAGACUUUAUUU